AUGGAUAGACCAGACGCUCAAAUAAACUACGACGAUGCAGUGGAGUACUGGACGUCGAUUCCAGCUACGGUAGAUGGAGUUUUGGGUGGAUAUGGCGAGACUACGGUAGUCCCAGCAAUGGACGUUGUGGGUUCUAACCACUUUUUGAGAAAGCUCAAAUCUCGAAUGAUCGUGGAACCUGGAUAUAAGAAGAUAGGUUGCGACAUUGGUGCCGGGAUUGGCCGUGUUACACGGGAUAUGCUACAGAAACAUUGCGAAAUUGUGGAUCUUGUAGAACCAGUAAAGCCAUUUGUGGAUCAGAUGCGUGUGGAAUUGGAGCCGCUUGCGAAAGAGGGACGUUUGGGCCACAUAUUUGACAUUGGAAUGCAGGAGUGGGUUCCGGAAGAAUCAAGGUACUGGCUCAUUUGGUGUCAGUGGUGUGUGGGCCAUCUGCCGGACGAUGAGCUCAUAAAGUUUUUCCAGCGUUGCAAGAAGAGUUUACAGCCCAAUGGGACGAUAGUUGUGAAAGAGAACAACACAAAUGUGGGAGAGGACGAUUUUGAUUCCACAGACUCAUCAGUAACUCGCUCGGAUGAGAAGUUCAAGCAGCUGUUCGAAAAGGCCGGAUUGAAGCUGAUAGCCACUGAUCGGCAAAAGGGUCUACCGAGAGAACUAUAUCCAGUUCGCAUGUAUGCGUUGAAGCCGCAGAUGAGCUGA